CUGAGUCGAACGAGGUCAAAUCAGCUACACUGAAACUGCGCCUCUAAGCGUGCCCCAAAGACUUUGACCAUGGGCAACGCUACCAGCAACAUAUGCACAGAAAUGUGCAACGGCAUGAUGAAUGCCAUUGGCCGAAUGCUGGGGUACUUGAUUGCCACCAUUAUCUUUGCUGCAGCACUGGUAUUCACAGUGGCCAUAGUUCUUAUGCUUGCGUUGGGCUCUGUGUUUUCGCUUCUGAUUCAUGAUUACAUCAGCAGUUCACAGCAAUUGCUUGGCAUUGCUUCAUUUGGGAUUCUUCUACUUAUACCGACCAUAGUUCGCGGUGCGAAUCGCGACGCCACCCUUCUGGAUGUUUCAAUGGCGCUCAGUGGAGCCUCGCUUUUGAUGGGUUGCACAGCAGGGCUGCUUGGGAAAUACAGUCUAUUGCUCCCGCUAGCUCUGUGUAUUUUGUUUGGAGUGCCGCUGGCUGUGUGCUGGUGUCAUUUAUGUAUGACUUUUCCAGAUUGGGUGAAGGACUGCUGUUGCCGUGUUUGCCCUACUCUGUGGCGUAGCACUACAGCAUCAUCGCAGCCACUGCUGCAAACUGAAUGGAUGGACAGCAAAGCUGAGGCGUUGAACAUGACCGAAAUGAUGGAGGCUUUCUUCGACCAGUGUGUCCUUUGCGGGAAGGAGCUGCUGAAGCGAAAACCUGAUCUUUGGUUGACUCGUGACGACUUGGAAGAACUGAUGCCAGAUGUUAUCGUGGGUUUGCCGGCGCUGGCACUUUUAAGGGUGAUCCAGGAAACACUAGCCCGAGAUCAUGGCCGUGGAUUCUUGCUGGAUAAAUGGUUGAUCACCGAUCAGAACCGCCCUGCUGUGCGCGGUGCAGCAGAGGCGUAUCGUUGGGCUCUUGAAGCCAAAAAAGCUUUGGCAGAGCUGCAGCCAUCGGUCGAAGAGUGCCUUUUCAUCGAAGCACGAACGAUGUGGGAAGGAAUUGAGGCACCUGCAGCUCCUGACUUCGAAGAGGGGCUGGAGGUCUUUGCCAAGUGCCCCUUGCACUGUCGUUCGCCGGGCCUGGCUGGACUGAUCGGGCGAAGGCUUCCAGUGGCUUCUGGCUGCCAUGGACGCGUUAAAGGCAUGGUACAACACCGUGUGGAGGUCCAGUGGAGCGCCGGGCUGGGUUUGCAUGCGCCUCAUGAGUUGCUGCGCAAAGAAGAGCCACGCCGUCUCGAGUCCGCUGCUGCCGGUGAACCGCAAGAGGGAUCCAGGAAGCAGCUAGCAGUGCAAGUGGCCGGGCGUUUGCGAAGUGUGGCAACUUUCUUUACUCGGAUGCCCUUCUUUCAGCAGAACUUUCGUGGACGCGUCGUGGAGUCUUUACUGAAGGGCUACGACCAAUGGCGCUUCGGUGCAUCUUCUCCAGUGCGAUCGCCGCCUUUGUUAAGCCAUGCCACAGGUGCCCUGGCAGCUGCUUGUGCCUGUGAGAUCGCUCGGCUCCGGUCUGAGGAGUAGUCGAAGCAAAACAUGAGCGGCUGUUGGGCAUGAAAGGCAUGAAACUGCAAGCCAAGUGAUGCUUUCCUGGG